AGAACAACAAUCAAGCAAUGUUACUAAUAAAGAAUUAGAAACUACAAUUAAAAGGAAACAGAGACAUCUUACAAAAUCAGAAGAAGAAAUUUUUAACAAAUUAAUUGAACAUAAUAAGUUAUUAGCAGAACAAACAUCAAGAGUACUUGUGGAAAUAUGUAAUUUAUUAGAUACCAAGCCAGAAGAUUGGGAUUUAAAAAAGAGUCAAAGUAUCUGGCUUAGAAGAAAGUCUGCAAAAAAAAAUAAAUAA